AUGGAGGUCAACACCAUCAACGAUAGAGAAGAAGGGGAAGAGGAGGAUGAAGCUGAAGCUGAAGGGUGGUGUGGAAACAGUGGUGACCCUGUGGGGGAACUUGCAGUAAAAACGCAAGGGAGUGAACAAGAGGGGGGAAAGAAGGAAGAGGAGGAGGAGGAACAGCUGCUGAAGAUCCAGAGGUGUCUGUCAGUGUGUGUGCGCAGAGACAGAGAAGGUUAUGACCGCCUCUCCUCACCUGGACCUCGGGCUGCUGCUGCUGCUGCUGGCCUGCUGGCAAACUCCGGCGAUGCCGGCGCUUUAAUCCAGAACGACUCACAGCAACAGAGGAAACGUAGCAUCACCAUCAUCAUCAUCAUCAUCAUCAUCAUCAUCCCCGGUGUUUCGCUCAAGGACGAGUUGAUGAAAACUCGCACUGAUAAAAACACGUCUGUGCCAGCAGCCCCAGUGAACGUAUCGGUGACCCAGCUGAGGGCACAUUCGGCCAUGGUGACCUGGAACGUCCCUCAGGGAGACACUGUCAUUGGAUACGCCAUCUCACAGCAGAGGCAGGACGGCCUGAUGCAGCGCUCCAUCCGUGAGGUGAACACAUCAAGCCGCUGGUGUGUGCUGUGGGACCUGGAUGAGGACACACACUACAGCGUCCAGGUUCAAUCCGUCGGGACGCAUGGAGACAGCCAGCCAAGCCGCGCCGUCCACUUCAGGACUCUGGAGAGAAGCGACCAUUAUCCUGCUGGAGUCCUCGACCACCAUGAACCGGCUAUGGAGGGUCUGGGCAUGACUCCUCAUCUGCAGACAGGAGAGCUGCUCAUUAUCACCACUGUGCUGCUGCUGUGGGCAGCCGUCAUCGCCCUCUUCUGCCGACAGUACGACAUCAUCAAAGACAACGACUCCAGCUGUGCCAAGGACAAGACAAAGAGGCCGCUGGUCCGAGCCACUUCCUCUUACUACAACGCUUCUGCCCACAGCUCACCAGUCUACCACAACGGAGCCGUACGCAGCAGCAAGCUCCACAGAGCCUCCUCGUCCAUCAGCAUCAUUAGAGUUUGAAGGACGUCGGGGGCUUUUUGUUUUGUUUUUUUUUAGACUCAGCAGGAAACUUGCAGCACAGGACGAGUGGCGCCGACACGCCCUGAUUCACCACAGCGGGAUUAUCAUGACAAAUGGAGAAUAUAAUAUACAGACCUGGCUGAGAGUCUUAAUUUAUUGUAAAAUAUGGGCAAAGUAAGAAGCACUCCAUGCAGAUGUGGAGGAAAUGGAGGACUACUGCUCUCUAGUGGAAGAAGACUAAAACAUCAUGGAGACAGAUGUGCAACGGCCCUCUUGUGGCGUCAUAUCAUUGCAGCUUUUUAGAGCCUUAAUUGAGCUGACAUGAACUCAGAAGCGUCUAGUGCAAGAAGCCACAUUUUUGAACUGCAAACCAAACUCAUUCCUCCCCCCAAAAAACAAACAUAAAACCAUGUUCUCUGAUGUCAAAGACUAAAUGUGAAUAUUUGCCAGCAUGUCGGCCACCUCAGAUUUAACUGUCAUUUCAACAGGUCUGUGUUUGACACAUGCAACAAGAUGAGACGCUGAUAUUUAGCUUUUUAUGAGUCACCUUUUAGUUAAACAUAAGAAUGGAAGAGUGUGUGUUGUGGCGUGUGUGUGUGUGUGAGUGUGUGUGUGUGAGUGUGUGUGUGUGUGUGUGUGUGUGUGUGUGUGUGUGUGUGUGUGUGUGUGUGUGUGUGUGUGUGUGUGCAUUUAAUUACAUUCAAAGCAUCUAAAAUUAAUUCCUAAUUGCAAUUCAUUUGUACUCAACUGUAUGUUUCCUCUUAUAAAUAAUUAGAUAAGCCGUAUUAACAUCAGGAUGAGUGUAUUAUAUGUAAAUGGACUAUGUACAUAAACUGAAGGUGGAACAA